AUGGCGCCAUCCGAGGACAAGGUUGCGCCCGAAGAGAGCGAGUCCAACUUCGGCGACGGGGUUGACAUGAGCACGUUUAACCAGAUCCUCGAGAUGGACGAGCCCGGGGACCAGGACUUUAGCUCCUCGAUCGUCUUUGGUUUCUUUGACCAAGCCCAAGAGACAUUUGAAUCUAUGGACAAGGCGCUGAAGGACGAGGACCUCGAGAAGCUAUCUCAACUAGGCCACUUCCUCAAGGGCUCAUCGGCGACGCUGGGCUUGGUCAAGGUGCGCGACGGGUGUGAGAAGAUUCAACGGUUCGGCAAGAACGAGAACGAGGACGGAACCGAGGAGCCCGACUCAGAACUGUGUCUGAAGCGCAUCAAGCAAGCGCUGAAGGCGGUCAAGGCGGACUACGAGGUUGUCGAGAAGGCUCUCAGGAAGUAUUACGAGGGCGACAAGGACAAGAGCGACGACGCCUAG